AUGGUUAAUUUGGACGAGAUCAUAGAGGCAUCUGAUGGCAUCAUGGUGGCCCGUGGUGACCUGGGUAUUGAAAUUCCUCCUGAAAAGGUCUUCCUUGCUCAGAAGGCAAUGAUUUCCAGGUGCAACAAGGUCGGGAAGCCAGUCAUCUGUGUGACACAGAUGUUGGAGUCCAUGGUGAAGAAGCCCCGACCCACGAGGGCCGAAACCUCGGACGUUGCAAAUGCCAUCCUGGACGGUGCCGACUGUGUCAUGCUGUCUGGUGAGACUGCCAAGGGAGACUACCCCCUGGAGUGUGUGCUGACCAUGGCAAACAUCUGCAAGGAGGCAGAAGCGGCCAUCUGGCAGAGGCAGAUAUUCAGCGACCUCAGUUCCAAGGCUGUUCCUCCAAUGGACGUAGCACAGUCAGUAGCGAUCGCCACUGUGGAGGCUUCCAUGAAGUGCUUGGCCACUGCCAUCAUUGUGAUCACGACCACUGGGCGGUCGGCACACGUAAUCUCGAAGUACCGUCCCAGGUGCCCGAUCAUCGCCGUCACGCGGUACGGACAAGUGGCUCGUCAGUGCCAUCUCUACAGGGCUAUUCUGCCCUUGCAUUACACAGCACCACCGCUGCAGGACUGGCUGAAGGAUGUGGACGUGCGUGUCCAGUUCGGUUUGCAGUUCGGCAAGUCUCGUGGUUUCAUUCGUGACGGAGACCCAGUAAUCGUCGUCACUGGCUGGAAGCAGGGCUCCGGAUUCACAAACACGAUGCACAUUGUUCACGUGUAAUCAUGCCAAGUCCGUUGUAGCUGCUUGCUGAAACAUUUCAUCCCAUCUUUCGUUUGGCUUUCUGUUGGCAUCUCAGUGCCCGUAUGCCGUGUAAUGGAAUAAAAUUUUGUAGCAGCGAAUGCUAGGCUGUGUUGUCUGUAGACUGUCCUUCCAUAUUUAGGAAGAGUCAGGGAGGUACUGCCAAAGAUAACUACUCUGUU